AUGGGGCGCGUCCUGCCGGUUCUGCUGCUCCUAGCGCUGCCCCGCGCGCUCGCCGUGCUGCCCACGGGUAUCCUGUCGCUUGACCUGCUUCCUCAGUCUCCUAACGAGCCUCCAGUCUUCGCUGAGCAGCUCUGCUCGCCCAGUGCCGCUGCCGGAUGGGGCGUCUCGCUCCCCGCACGCUUCGACUCGCGCUGGAAGACACUGGUACAAGCUCCGGAAUCGAAUCGUGACGGCUGCGAGUCAUACCAGCUUCAAUCUACUACCUCCGUUAAUGGAUCUAUCGUCCUCGUAGACCGCGGCAACUGCUCGUUCAUCACUAAAGCGCUGCAAGCUCAAGCUGCUGGCGCCAAGGGAUUAAUUAUCAGAGGUACUAAGAGAGCUGUGUACGAGGCCAUAGUUAAACCCACCACCAGUUUAGCAGUGGUCGACAAGCCUGUAUUCGAGUACGACUGCAGCAAAGGAGAGGCCUUUGUGGACAAACCAGCGACGCCCGAGUGGACUACAGACAGUGAGCAAUGCAGUGGAGACCAGCGAUGCUCGUCCAAGUCGUGUGUGCUCACAGGACGCACUGAAAUGCGGGAGAGCGGCAAGAAACAUCAAGUGUGCUGUAUGUGGGACACCUUUGUGCUCAUGGGCGUCACCAACCGGACGGUGGCGAAACAGCUAGCGAUCCCAGUGGUGUAUGUGACUAUAGCCAAUGGCCACAAGUUACAAAAAGCCAUUGACAAGCACACGACGUCGCUGGUUGCACGCACCUAUCGACGGGAACUGCCACUGAUCGACGUGUCGUCGGUGCUUCUGUGGGCUUUGGGUGUCGCUACAGCUCUAGGAGCGACGUACUACUCGGCUAGUUCAUUGAGACAUCAGGAGGACAGUACGAAUACUCGUGACGAUAUCUGGGAGCUGGAUGCUAGACACGCCGUAGGGUUUAUAGCUCUGGCUGGCGUUUUCUUGACGGUAUUUUAUUAUGUGAAGUUAGGUGGCGCCAUCCCCGUGUUGUUCGCGGUAUCUGGUGCUGCCACAUUGACACAAGUCGUAGGAAUUCCAGCUGUGGAGUGGUUGAUGCCGACGUCAGCGUCUCGUGAGGUUAAAAUCCCGUUACUAGGCGACUCUGCACGCUUGUCUGAGGUGCUUGGCUUCCUGCCGAGUAUUACGGCUGCUGCGGUGUGGUAUCUACACAGACGGACGUACUGGAUACUGCAAGAUCUCAUGGGGAUUUCGCUCUGCUUUUUAUUUCUCCGGACUGUCCAGCUACCGAACCUGAAAGUGGCCACGAUUUUGCUUUCCUUGGCGUUCUGUUACGACGUCUUCUUCGUGUUCUUGUCGCCAAUAUUCUUCGGCUCCAGCGUCAUGGAAGAUGUGGCCACUGGUGGGCCGGCAGCCUACACCAAGAGUGGCUAUCCGGGGGUAGACUACUGCGAACGAUACCCGAAAUACCCGGCGUGUAUUGACCCCGAACCGAUGCCGAUGCUUCUUGUACUGCCCCGUAUAAUGGACUGGUCUGGAGGCGUCAGCAUGCUCGGCCUUGGAGACAUUAUUCUGCCCGGCAUGCUCCUCUCCUUCACGCUGCGUUUCGACUAUGCACAGGGGUCUACGAACUACUUCCGUCUGAUGGCUAUUGGCUACGCUGUUGGUCUAGCCAUGGCCAAUUUGGCAGUGAUGAUCACGGAAAUGGGUCAACCGGCACUCAUGUAUCUCGUGCCUACCACGUUGGGCUCGCUCGUUAUCGCGUCGAAGCGGAACGGGGACUUCCGAGCCAUGUGGAUCGGUGCAGGGGUCGACGAAGAAGACGUGGAACGGAGCAGUGACGGACCGGGAUACAGAACCGUUGGGUUGGAGGAACCGCCCACAGGAAUCACCGUCGAAUCGCUAGAUAGAGGAGACGACAACUCAAGAGGAGGCGAUCACGUGCCGCUGCUGAGCUCGUCAAGCUCUUAG